AUGUCUCUCUGGGUUGACAAGCAUCGACCAAGAACGCUCGAUGACCUCCACUACCAUGAGAGCCUCUCGGCACGCCUACGCGCCCUAGCUGCCUUGGGGGACUUUCCUCACAUGCUCUUUUACGGGCCGUCAGGCGCAGGGAAGAAGACGCGGAUUGCAUGCACACUGAGGGAGCUCUACGGGAAGGGCGCGGAGAAGCUCAAAAUCGACCAGAGGGUGUUCAUGACACCGUCAAGGCGGAAGCUGGACGUGAACGUCGUGCAGAGCAACUUCCACAUUGAGAUCACACCCAGUGAAGUGGGAAACUACGACCGGGUGGUCAUCCAGGAACUGCUGAAGGAGAUCGCCCAGACGCAGCAGGUCGACCUUAGUGCCAAGCAGCGGUUCAAGGUGGUCGUCAUCAACGAGGCGGACUCAUUGUCUCGUGAUGCGCAAGCCGCUCUGCGACGCACAAUGGAGAAAUACAUGACCAACCUGCGCAUCAUCCUGUGCGCGAACUCGACCUCUCGACUCAUUGCCCCUAUCAAGAGUCGAUGUUUGCUCGUGCGCGUUGCUGCACCCACUACGGAGGAGAUGAUAACUGUCCUGCGGCACGUCGCGAAAGCAGAGGGAUUUGAUGUCCCAGAUCAAACUGCCAACAACAUCGUGGAAGACGCGAACGGGAAUCUUCGCAAAGCCGUCCUCGUACUCGAAGCGUUGAAGAUGCAGUCGACGGACCUGGACAAGCCGAUUGCGAUCGCGAAGCCGGACUGGGAGACGUACUGCCAGAAAGUCGCGGACAUGAUCCUCCAGGAACAGUCACCACAACGCGUGAUGGAUGUGCGAGCAAAGUUGUAUGAGCUGCUCAGCCACUGUAUACCGCCAACAGUGAUUCUGAAGACGAUUGCAGACCGUGUGGUCGAGCAGGUCGACGAGGCAUUAAAGGCCGACAUCAUGCACUGGGCAGCGGUCUAUGAGGUCCGCAUGCGAAUAGGCAACAAAAAGAUCUUCCACCUCGAAGCGUGGGUCGUGAAAGUCAUGGCCCUGUACAAGCAUUUCUUCUAUGGUAUUGACAUGGAUGGAUUUGGUGACGAUAUUUGA